GUCACUGUAAUUUUUUUUGUUUUUGAGGUUUUAUUUUCUUAUUCUCCUCGAAUUUUUUUACCUUUUUUUUUACUUUUUCGUACCGACAAUUUUUUGUUUUUUACUUUUUACUGGAGAGACCGUUCGUUGAGAAGUGAAUUUAUUUAAUAUUUAUUAGCUUUCCUUUUUUUAUUUUUUUUGUUUCUCCUCUUGGUUGUUUGUCUUUCGCAAUUUCUGGAUUGGAUUUGAGUGCCGACGUGGCAUGCAUCAAUACGUUAUAAAUGAAUACCAAAACGAUGCGUUUACCUCCUCGUCGCUUUCUGACGUCAAAUAAACGGAAAGAGAGGGAGGGUUUUGAUUCUCUGAAGCCGUCUCCACCGCCACCACCUGCACCACCAACAAAAUUACCCAAGCCGACAAUAAAUCGACUGGACUCAGGAAUCCUCCCUGAGCCGGCUCCGUCUAAUCAGCUCCUUGCCGGUUAUUUGGCCCACGAAUAUCUCACUAAAGGCACACUCUUUGGUCAACCGUGGGCCCCGUCUCGAGCCGAAGCGGUUCCUGUAUCGGCUGGUUUUGUGGAGUCGAAGAAGAUAAAAGCGAGUCAGAAAGCCAAGGAAGCCGAGCCGAAUAGCAACAAGGAAACUUAUGAAAGGUACGUGGAUGUGUCAUGUUUGUUGAAGGCUGGAGGGGCCCACUUACCUGGCGUUGUGAACCCAAGCCAGCUCGCUCGCUUCUUAUAGAUGUGACGUGACACGUGGAUCAAAGCCAUUGGCUUUUCCAUUUUUGAAUUUGUUUUUGAGGUUAUCGAGGUGUAUGGUGUGAGAGAGAAUCUCUCUUUGUAGAAAUGGGGAAAAUUAAGAAUAGUUAGGGAUUUUGACAUUUUGCGCUGUAUCUAUCUGCAUGUAUUUAGAUCUGAUCUUCAGUAUAUAUUUCAUGGAAAUUUCUAUUUUCUUUUUUUUUUAUUAUA